AUGGCUUGCGUGUGGCUUGCGUUGCUUCUGAUAACAGCCACUGCCGCUGAAACAAACGAUGAACUCUACUACUCCAUGCCACCGCUGUUCCACUUGGACGACUACGAGGCAUGCCUGGCGACAAAGGGAACCUUCUGUCUUGGAUCCUUCCAACUGAGCCCUGUUAUUGGUAACUCCACGAGUGACAACGGAACUAACACAAACGAAAUCUAUGAGCUUAUUCUGGCGUACACUGCGCCGAGAUACCGAUUCAACCACACCCAACUGCAUCGGGGUUACUGCAUCACAACCACCUGCGCAAGCACACCUCUCCACCUGCCUCCACAAAAUCGAUUUCAGCAAUGCGUCAACGAUUACACCAGUUCACAGUACGGUUUGAAAGCAAACCUCAUCCAGCUGGACUACUGUAAGUCAGCGGAGACACUUCGGGCUGCGCCUAUUGAUGGAGUGGACAUCACUUUUCUAGUGGUCUGCCUGUUGUUACUUCUCUUGAACGUAACUGGUACAGUUUACGAUGUCUGCAGGAACCGUAGUAAUAAAGCAAACAGCAUACUAGUGUCUUGGUCCUUUGUGAGGAAUUUCAAGAACUUCGGAAGAAUUUAUCCCAACGAUGACACCCCAACGUCGAAACUGAAUGCCAUCCACGGCGUCAAGUCUAUAUUACUUAUGUGCGUGAUGCUCGUUCACUCAAUAUUUAUGUCUCACAUCAGUUACAUGUACAAUCCACAAUUUUUGGAACUCGGACGUAAAAAUCCAUUUGCUAUUAUUCUGGAAAAUGGCACCAUUGUCGUUCAGGCCUUCAUAAUUUUGUCGAGUUUUAUCUUUACUUACAACUUUCUGACGGGUAUGGAGAAACCGAAGAAGAUCUUCGACAUCAAAGUGUUCGUUCUGCUAUUCCUAAAGAGAAUUACUAGGAUUCUACCAGUCUACCUGUUCAUCGUUAGUUUCACCGCUACUUGGAGCCGCUUCUUGGGUGAUGGAACUCUCUGGAUUCCACGCAUGGAAAAGGAGAGUCGUGUCUGCCGUAUGAAGUGGUGGUCGCAGGCCUUCUUCGUUCACAAUCUAUAUAAGCCGGAAGACCAGUGCCUGCUGCAGAGUUGGUUCGUCGCAGCGGAGAUGCAAUUGUACGUGUUGGCUAUUGUACUAGCGAUGGUAUUAUCGCACUUCAGGAAAUCGGCUGUCAAAGUGUUGGCGGGCCUCGUGGUGGUAGCUGUCAUCUGCAACUACAUCACAGCUUAUGUUCUUAAUUUGAAAGCUAUGAUGUACUUAUCGGAUCCCAAAACGGUGAUGAAGCUAUUUUACGGCGAGGCAUCGUUUAACUGGCUGUACAUGUCUCCGUGGGGUAGCCUGCCCUCAUCCCUUCUUGGAAUCCUGCUCGCCUUUUACUACUGCAACUUGCAAAGUGAAGACAUCAACUUGAGGAAACAACGGUGGUUCCGGAUAGCCUACCAAGUAAGUCUUCCAGCUUUUCUGCUGUGGAUCCUUUCCGGAUAUCUUUUGCCACGAGAACCGCACCGGUGGUUGGCAGCGUUGUAUGCGGCCAUAGACAGGCCCGUCUUCAGUUCCAUCUUCUGUGUUACGUUGCUUGGCUUCUUCUACAGAAUUGGACAAUUCUGGUGGCGGCUCAUGUCGUGGUCAGGGUGGCAGGUGAUAGGUCGCAUGUCACUGUGUGUCCUGAUGACACAUUGGACUUUCAGCCUCAUACAAAUAUCGCUCCAGACCAACCUAAACAAAAUGUCCAUCUACGAAAUUGGUGGUCAUUGGUUGGCGACUAUGUUCAUGACAUAUCUGACAUCGGUGCCCCUACAUUUACUGGUUGAGAUGCCCGUACAGAGGUUCUUACGGGCGUCGUUUGGCAUGUAA